CUGUGUCGGUGCCGAGGGGGGCGGGCUGAAACUGGGCCUCGUCUGACUCACAUCAUCUAGGUGUGGCUUUGCAGGCUCCUCCAGGAACUACAGAGUGGCCGGGCCAGUUCCUCUCCUGGCGGCUGCAGAGAGCAAGCAGAAGAAGAACAUGGCAGAUCCUGAAACUGUCACCCCUCAGCAGAACGGUGCUGACCCGGCAGCCGGUGCCCCCCUGGUCACCAAGGAGAACGGAGGAACCCCUGAGUGUGAGCAGAGUGACAAAGUGGAUGAGACAGACGCUCCUCAGAAGAAUUCCGACGAGGAGCAGAACGAGGUUGCGGCAGAAGAAAGCGCUACCGAAGUUGUGGAAGAAGACCAGGUAACGGAGGAACCUUUGGGUCCGGAUGACGUGGUGUGUGAUUCGUGCAUCGAGAGCCCCUGCAGGGCCCUCAAGUCCUGCCUCACCUGUUUGGUGUCCUACUGCGAGGCCCACCUCCGGCCUCACCUGGAGAACCCGAAGUUCCAGAACCACCGGCUGGUGGAUCCGCUCCGGGAUAUCGAAAGGAGGACCUGCGAGAUCCAUAAGUGGCCCCUGGAACUGUUCUGCUACGCCGACGCCUGCUGCAUCUGUCAGGACUGCGUGGGUGAGGAGCACAGGGGCCACAACACCGUUGCUGUGGUUGAGGCUCGGCGACGAGUCGAGAGGGAGCUGAAGGACAAACGCAGUGAGAUGACCAAGACGGUGACGGCGGCGGAGAACGCCAUCGGCAAGCUGCAGCUCAACACCGUCUCCAUCGAGCAUUCGGUGACGGACGUGCGGGCGGUCAUCGAGGUUCAGUUCGAGCAGCUGCAGGCGGCGGUGGAGAAGGCCAAGCGGGAAGUGACAGAAAUCCUGGAAGGCGAGGAGAAGCAGGCGCUGCGGCAAGCCGACGGCAUCCGUGUGCACCUGGAGCAAAGGUGCGGCGAGCUGAAGAAGACGCAAGCGCAGGUUGAGAAGCUCUCCAGGAACAAGAAUGACGUGGACUUCCUACAGGAGUACUCCGAGUGGAAGAAGGAGGCGUCCGACAUUUCUUUACCGGGUGUCUACAUCGGCUUGAUGGACCGCCUCAACUCCGUCAGCCGCGUCAUCGUGGACGCUACGGAGGAGCUGUGCACCAUGCUGGUGACGUCCUACAUGGACAAAGUGAAGGAGACCUGCAACAACGAUAAAAUGGGAAUAAAGACGACGGUCCAAACCAUCGUCGCAGCCAAACACAACAUGACAAUUCCAGAUCCGGAGACUCGGGAGGACUUCCUAAAAUAUGGCGCUCAUGUGAGUUUCGAUGCGGAGACCGCCCACGUCUUCCUGCGUCUCACCGAAGACAACCACAAAGUGACCAACACCACGCCGUGGCAGCAUCCCUAUCCCGAUAUUCCCGAGCGCUUCGACAGCUGGCGCCAGGUGCUGGCAGUUGAGAGCUUCUACCUGGGCCGUCAUUACUUUGAGGCAGAUAUCAGCGGGGAGGGAACGCACGUGGGCCUCACCUACAAGAGCAUCGAACGCAAAGGCGAGGAGAGCAACGCUUGCAUCACCGGGAAUAACAUCUCAUGGUGUCUGCAGUGGAAUGGACGCACCUUCUCGGCGUGGCACAGCGGUGUGGAGACGCCGCUCAAUGUGGGCAAGUUCACUCGAGUCGGGGUGUACGUGGACUCCACCAAAGGUCUACUGGGCUUCUACGGCGUGGAUGACGCCAUGACGCUCAUCCAUCGCUACGAGGCCGAGUUCCUAGAGCCACUUUACCCGGCGUUCUGGUUGUCCAAGAAGGAGAACAUCGUCGCUUUGGUGCCGCCUGGAGAGCCCUUACCUCUGAAAAGCCCCUCCCCUCCCACAUCACCCGCUAAUGGUGGCCCUCUUUCGUGAACGCAAGGGAGUGUGGACGGACCUUCCAUAUCCUCCAUAACUAUACCUAUACUUGUUGGAUGAACACAAACGUCUCCUUCAGAUGGCUGAGGACAAACAAGCUGAUGAAAUAAAACAGGGGCAGCCUCCAUGUUGAAUCUACACAACACUGUGAUAUUUUUAUGUGUUUUUGCAACAAAAAAAGUACAGUAACCCCUAGUUAAAUCAAAUAUUUUUGUCAUUGACAACCUGUUUAUGACCAUCUAAAUAUGGGUUUACACAUUAUUAAACCCUUCAGGACAUGAAAUAACACCCCUAUAGUCAUGUUUACAUUGGUAUUAACCAAUACAAUAAACAGAAAAAACAGAAAAUAAGCCAUUUUGUUUGUUUCUUUUGCCUUUUUCCUGAUUAUGGAGUCCCAUGUAAGAGCUAAAUAUGACAUAACAUAUAUUCACACACGGGGAGUCACAUACUCCCUGCAGUAGCUAUUAUAUUAUAGCUAUUAUGGCUAUAUAUUAUUAAUGUAAGAUUACUGACACCUGGUGACCAGUGUGGAGUACUACACAUCAAAGACAUGUACUGUUCUAUGCAAACAUAAUGU